UGAAUAUAGGCCAGAAAUGGAUUCAGUUCAAUUUUUUUAGCUAUGAAACAAAAAGUUUGCCGCAAAAUUUAAGGUUUUCAGAUUUUUCUAAAAGAACCAAUCUUUGUGUAAGUGGCUACAAUCAGAUUAUUGUUGGGCAAGAAAAUGGUGAAAUAGUCGUGAUAUCAGAAAACUUUACUUCAGUUCAAUACACGCUUUUUUCACAAUGCCUAACUCAUUUGUUUCAAUUGAAAGCGAGAAAUAUGAUUAUCUCAUUUGGGGCAUAUUCUUUUUUUGAUUUCUAGUCAGAUUCUACAGUUAAUGAAAUAACUAUGAAAGUUUGGAAUUUCGAAAAGAUUGACAAAUCUGGUAAUCCAUAUUGCUGUAAAAUCCAACAUAUAGCUACUAACACAGAAAUGGGUCAGCUUACAUGCAUAUCUGCAAACGAAGCAGCUGGUGUAAUAGUUUGUGGUUUCACUUCUGGGACGGUAGAGAUCAUUUAUAAUGAUAUUACAAGAGUAAAAAAAUCUCGGAUACAAACAAUUUGUAAUGAAACAUCUCCUAUAACCGGAUUGGCCAUUAAAUAUCGCAAUGGUACAAUAGUGGUUUUCGUGACGACAUCUAAUUGCGUAUUUUCUAUUUAUUGGAAUUUUAAAGAACAAAAAUCUUUUAAGAAUGUAAUUGAUGAUUCUUUUGGAUGUGGGUUAGGCUGCUCAACACUUGGAAACUAUUUAGUAAAAAAUCAAUUUUUUGUAGCGUUUAAAAAUAUGAUUUCAUAUUGUUAUGACGAUAUCAAGGCCGAGUCAAUUCCUACCUUUGGAAAUACUAUACAAAUUUUUUACGUUAGAGGUUUUAUUAUCGCAUUAUGGGACGAAAAAUCACCCCAAAUCGUAACAGAAGCUCGUCUUGUUGAUUAUAAAAGACUAUCAAAAGUGCAGAACAUUACUAUCUAUGACAUUCGAAACGAACUGAUAGCAUAUUCAAAUUUACUUCCGCCAGUUCUUGGCAUUGUAGAAGAAUUUGGAUUUAUCUGUCUUAUUUUGAACAACGGAGAAGUUUUCUGUUUAAUUUUUAAUUUUUAG